CUCUUCAACAUUUCCUCUCACUUUCUCUCUUUCUCUCUUUCUCUCUCCUCCUUCUUUCUCUCUCUUACACUUUUUCUCUCUCCUCCUGAACAUGUCUUUGCGUUUCUUCACGGAUUAUUUGCCUCUGAUUCUCUAAAAUUCUUUGAGAAUUUUUUUGGGGCACAAUCAGAAUUUAUUGGGUUGAACUCUGUUGACUGUUUUACGACUUCAUUUUCCAGUGAAAUUUGCUUAACUUUGCAUUAAUUUGGUUACUUGUAAGUUUGGCAGCAGACGAGUUUCUUGACUUGGACUAAAUGUUGUAGAUGUGUCAGUUUAGUUCCGAGUCAAAUGAACAAAUGGAACCAAAUGAAAAUCAAGAAUUGUCAGGUCUUACCGGGGAAGAGCAAGUAGUUUCCUCUAUAUCACAUGCUGUUAAUCCUGAACACGGAAUUGUACAGAAGGAUGCUUCAAGUACUCUUGAAGCGCCCUUACUCGGUCCACCUAAAUCACUGGCGAGCUCUGAAAGUUUUGCUUCAAAUAGUAGUGAGUACUCUGUGGAUGUCAACCCAUAUAGUGAUGGACAUACUACUGAUACUAGAGAAGAUGGCCAUGGGUCUGAGAGUGGUUUUGAGGAUCCCAGAUACAGGUUGUAUCAAGCUAGGUUGUAUCAAGCUCCUGAGCAAUUAUAUGAUGUUAAGGAAAAUCACGAGGAGGAAAAAAAUGGUUUGAUGCUUGAAAACUUGGACAGUCACGUUACAAAUAGUGAAAGUGGUGCAAGCAGUGAUGAGUUUUUUGAUGAAGCAGAUGUAUCAUCUCCUACCUUUUAUGAACGAGAUGAGAUUUGGGAUCCACCAGAAGCUGAGAAUGCAAAUGAUGACAUUGCAAAUAGCGUGGGUUUUGAUGUUGAAGAGUACGCUAAUGCCGAUAGCUCAGAGUGGGGAAAUCCCAGAUCAAAGGAGAUUGAGUUGGCCAGGGAAAAUGUAAAGAAUGAGAAGUUCAAGGACUUGGUGAGCCAGCUACUUAGUAAACUUGGUGUAGAAAUCUGUGAUGACAAGGAUGAAAACUGGGUGGAUAUUGUUACAGAUUUGGCAUGGCAAGCUGCUAAAUUUGUGGAGCCUGGUGUCACUGAGGGUAAAGCUAUGGAUCCAUUUGGAUAUGUGAAGAUCAAAUGUGUUGCUGCUGGAUCUCCAAAAGAAAGUCAAUUAAUUAAAGGCUUGGUUUUUAAGAAGCAUGCUGCUCACAAACACAUGAUUACCAAGUACACAAAUCCUAGAUUGUUACUAAUACAAGGAAUGCUGGGUCCAUCAUCUGUUUCAUCUGGGCUGUCAUCAUUUAGCUCAAUGAUUUCUGAGGAUGAAGUCAACUGGGGUGGACUGAUGCAGAAUUUGCAAGCAUGUCAACCAAAUGUUAUUUUGGUGGAGAAAUCUGCUUCUCGUGCUGUCAUGGAGAAGAUCCUUCAAAUGGGAGUUACCCUGGUCCUUGAUAUGAAGCUUGAUCGAUUGGAAAGGAUUGCUCGUUGUAUAAAUUCACCCAUCUUGUCCUGUGAUUCACCAUUUAAUCAGGAGCUAAAACAUUGCACUGAACUUUAUUUUGAGAAGUUUGUGGAGGAGCAUACUAUUGUCGCUGAAGGUGGAAAAAAGCCGUCUAAGACUUUGAUGUUUGUGGUGGGAAGUCCGACACGUCUUGGUUGCACAAUUCUGCUAAAGGGUUCUCAUGCUGAAGAGUUGAAGAAGAUCAAGUGCGUUGUACAGUGUGCUGUUGUAAUGGCUUAUCAUUUCCUCCUGGAAACUUCCUUUCUUUUGGAUCAGAAAUCUAUGUUCUCCACUAUUGCCUCUGGAAAAGCUGCUGAUAUCUCAUCAAUCAAUGAACAGUCCACUUCUGUUGUCUCUGAAAAGGCCAGUAUUCCACAUAGUGAGGAGCCUAAUCUAGGUGAUUCUCCGGCAGAUGGAGUACAGGUUGUCAUCUCCAAUGGUGAUGAUCAGGUGUCUUCUUAUGAGCGAGAACCCCCUGCCGAUGAUAUUCUGGCUUCCAAUGAGCUUCAAGAGGGAGAGUCCUUUCACGUCAAGGAGUUCAGUGCCAAAGAUGCUGAGAUUGCUUCUUCCCGUGGAUCUCAUGACAAACUUUCUCACAAUAUGCAGCUUGCAGCUGACUGCCAGUUGUCUCCCAAACUCUCUGUUGCAUCAACAUCAUUCUCAAAUGCACCAGAGCUACUUUCAACUGUCUCCCCAGCUACUUAUGAGCACAUGUCUACUUACAUGGACUUGAAUGGGAGGGAACUUGAAGCUCAAACUGCAGUCUCAAUUCCUGUGUCACCCACUGAAGAUCCUGCCGAGCGAUCUGACAUAGAGGCAAAGAAAAUGGCCAAAGAAGACAAUUCCAUGUAUAAUGACUCCCAGCUAGUGUCCACUUCCUCUAUGACCGAGGGGGAAGCAAAGGGACCAGUAAAUGAUGGCGAAGAGAGCAUCACUGCAAAGGAUGAAAUCAGCAGUGUUUUGGAUUCUGAGAGUAUCUUGGUUUUGAUGUCUAGACGAAAUGCUAUAAAAGGGACUAUUUGCGAGCAAAGCCAUUUUUCUCAAAUUAAAUUUUACAGGACUUUUGAUGUUCCCCUUGGGAAGUUCUUACGGGAUAGUCUUUUCAAUCAGGAUCUUAAUUGUGAGACAUGUGGUCAAGGUCCUGAAGCUCAUUACUACUAUUAUGUUCAUCACAGCAAGCAGCUCACUAUACGAGUCAAACAACUUGGUGAUAAGCAUUUGCCUAGAAAACCUGAAGGGAAACUUUGGAUGUGGAGUCGUUGUAGUAAAUGUGAACCUGAUAAAGAGAAGGCAACCAAAAGGGUAUUGAUCUCUGAUGCUGCACGUUGCUUGUCAUUUGGCAAAUUUUUGGAGCUCAGCUUUUCAAGUCAUUCUUCAUUUAAUAGGCUUGCUAGCUGUGGGCAUUCCUUUCAGAAGGACUUCCUCUACUUUUUUGGUCUGGGCUCUAUGGUUGCUAUGUUUCAGUACUCUCGUCUUGCAUUAUAUACCGUUUCUGUGCCAGCCCACAAAAUGGAGUUCAAUAGUUUAAUUGACAGAGACUGGCUUCAAUCUGAUAUUGGGACGGUCUACACUUCAGGGCUAUUGCUUUUUAAUGAACUUGAAAAAUACUUGAAAAAAAUCGAACCUCGCUUUUCUGGCUGGAAUCUGGUUCUUAAUGGAUAUUCAAAAGGGUUUGCUGACAUUGUAGACAUGUUGAAGCUGGAAAAAUCUGAAUUUGAAGAGAACUUUAAAAAUAAGAAUGAAGAUUCACAUGAGACUGUCCAUAAACUUCUGAGCAUGAACCGACUUAGAUGGGAAAUUCUGCUUGAAGCAUGUGUUUGGGACCGGCGAUUGCAGUCACUACUUUCUUCCCAGUCUACAGUUACUGGCAAUAAUGAAGUGGCGCAGAGGCAACUGGGUUUGAAGGAAGAUGGCUUCCCUGGAGAAGUGAUUGUAGGGUCUAAGACAGCUGCAGAAACAGCACAAAAGCAAAUGCUGUUGGAAAAGCACAGAUCUGGAACAGAGGGUGAAAUGAUACAAAAGAUUGCUGAUAAUGAUUCGCAAGCGCUUGUGGAUUCUGAAAAAGAGCAUAGUAACGGGACAGUGGAAACUACUACUAAGGUGAUGGAAAGACAAACUGGGUCAAACAAUGGAGGUGCUGAAGAAUUUAGAGUGCAGAGAAUUGAAGAUGGCCAUUCCGAUUUAAAGAUUGAGAAUGAAGCUAUUGCACAAGGUGAUGAUAGAACUUCUGAGAACCCUAAUGAUGUAGAGGUCCAAAUUGAGAUGGUUGCAGAAACAGAAAAUCAUUCAGAUAAGGAAUUUCCAAAUGAGGGAAUGCUUGUAGGCUGUGGAGAGCAAGACUUGAUAAGCUUGCCCAUUGUCGAGGAGAAUACUGAGACGCCACCCUCAGGUGAUUUAGUCUCAAGUAUAUCACUGUCUCAAGAGUCUAGUGGGAGCACACUUCCUUCCCAUCUUCAUUCUGAUGAGAGUACUCAACAGGACAGUGUUUCACUGUCUAGCCAUCUGUCGGAAGAUAGAAGCAUAUCCAUUGAUGCGGAUAAGGAAGAUAGUAGUUGCUCUGCUGAUGGAGAGGUAUCUGAAACUAUAACUUCUCAUCUGCUGAAGUUAGACUCCCCGUGGUGGAAUCCAUUUAAACAAACUCGAGAUGAGUGCAUGGAGGAUCUUCUGGAAGGCCGCCCGUCUAAAUUUGGUCACUUGCCCAAAUUUGAACUGCUACACUCUCCUGACUUCUUGCCUACGGUAUCUCAAGUAAUUAUUGAUGAGGGUACCAGGAUUCACAUGCCUCUCAGAGAUGGUGACUUCAUUGUAUCGGAUUUUGAUGGUGAAAUCUCAAGCUCCGUCGCUUGUGCGUUGGCCUUAAUUGAAAUUUCAGCCCCUCCAGCAUCAGUUAGAGAUGAAUAUACUUCUCUGAAACGUGCAGUAUCUGAGCCUUGGCCUUUGAGCAGCUUUCAUGAUACAGAUUUUAUUCAUUCUUCAUCAAGCAUGACUUUCACAGAAUCUCAUUUAUCCACCAUUGACAGCUUGAAUCGAGUGGAUUCUCUUGUUUCUUAUGGGCGAGUGUACAGUGAAGUUACUCUAGGUAUUGAAAAGUAUCCUGUGAAGGGAAAAUAUUCAGUAGUUAUUAUACAUCCCACUGAAUUCCGCGAUCUUCGGGAUCGAUGCUGCCCAUCAGAACUUGAUUAUAUUGCUUCCCUUAGUCGCUGUAAGAUUUGGGAUGCCAAAGGUGGGAAGAGCAAGUCUGUCUUUGCCAAAACACUUGAUGAGAGGCUUAUUGUCAAGGAAAUUAAGAAGACUGAAUUUGAGUCGUUCAUGAAGUUUGCCAAUGAGUAUUUUAAGCACAUGAAAGAAUCUGUUUACUCUGGAAAUCAGACUUGCCUUGCAAAAAUUCUGGGAAUUUAUCAGGUCACUAUUAGAAAUCCCAAGAGCGGCAAAGAGACAAAACAUGAUCUCAUGGUUCAGGAGAACCUUUCUUUUGGCAGGAACAUUACUCGUCAGUAUGAUUUAAAGGGUGCAUUGCAUGCUCGUUUUACCACAACUGCUGAUGGUGCGGGAGAUGUUCUAUUGGACCAGAAUUUUGUGAAUGACAUGAAUUCAUCACCUUUAUAUGUUGGCCAGAAAGCCAAGAGACUUCUACAACGAGCUGUCUGGAAUGACACAACAUUUCUCAAAAAUAUAGGAGUCAUGGAUUAUUCUUUACUGGUGGGGGUUGAUAGGCAACGCCGAGAGCUGAUAUGUGGGAUCAUAGAUUAUCUAAGACAAUACACUUGGGAUAAGCAAUUUGAAACAUGGGUGAAGUCAUCUCUUGUUGUUCCCAAGAAUUCCUCACCAACCAUUAUCUCACCACAAGAAUAUAAGAAAAGGUUUAGGAAGUUCAUGGACACUCACUUCCUCACUGUCCCAGAUCACUGGUGCUCUAACAGAUCUUCCAAUCCUUGCAAACUUUGUGGCGUCAAAGUUCAUGAUAUAUCUGUCACAAAGUCAGAGAAGCAGAAGGAGGAGCUAAAUGGUUUUCCAACCCAAGAGAAGCACAAGGAGGAGCUAGAUAGUCUUCCAACCCAAGAUUAGCUCAAUAUUCUUUACUCAUUUGCACCGUAAUUUUCUUUUUCCUUUUUUUUUACAGUAAAAAUUGAUACUGUACAUAGAUUGUUACUGCUGCUGCACAUAACAACUGGUUAUACUGCGAUUAUUUAGCAGAUAACUGGGUAUAUGUUAUGUUAGAAUUAGGCCAACUGUGUGCAGAUUGAGCUAUAUACGUAUGAAAAUUUUGUAAAUUCUGUAGCAAGCUGCGGAAAUGACGACAAAGCAUACAUUUGGAGCUUUGAUAAUGCUGAAGCUGAAAACUACUCUACUGAAACUAUUUUUUAUACGGAAUAUUAUUUUUGUUCCUGUGAACAGUUGAAUGUUGAACAUUGGUAUCCUGAUUCCUGAUCGUCUGAUUCAAGAAGAUAAUUGUUUGUAUGCUGUUUCUUUAAUAUGCUUAUUUUAUCCAAAAAUAUGAAGCUAAUUGUUA